AUGUUGGGCUCCGCCCAUCCCGCCCAUCGCGCUGUCGUCCUGCGCCGCCCAGCUACCUCCGCCGUCCUGUCCGCCGUUUUCGCCCGGGCCACCCUCCCACCGUCAUCGGCCCCUGUCGCGCGCUCCCCAUCUUCUCCCAACGUGCCCACACCAUGCGCGCCUCCGUCCCAGAUUGCCCACCGCCCGCCUCCGCUUGACCGGGGCAGCGAGAGCCGGUGGCGGGGCUUAGUGGUGGGCGCACGGGUGACGGAGAGGGUGGUGGAGUCGCCAGGCGCUGGAGCGCGCGCAGCAGUAAUGGGGGAGAGCAGGGGAGAGGGGGAGGAGAGGUGGCGCGGUGAAGGGGUGGCAGUGGGUGGGGCGGAGAGGGAGGUGGGGGGCGAGGGUGGAGCGAAUGAGCAAGACCCCCCAGCCCUUCCGGCAGCGUUUGAGGGAGUGCAGCGGUGGGUGGUGUUCUCGGACCUCCACGUGUCGCGCCGCAACGCCGAGCUGUGUGCCGCGCUGCUCACCCACGUGCACCAGCUCACCAAAGACAGGUGCGUAAGGCAAUCCAUUCCCUCACUCCCCUCCCUUCCCCUCUCCCGGGAUGCACAUACGCCGCUCUCGCCCCCUCGUCCCUCUCCUCCCGGCCAGGUGUCAGUGGACGGCACACAGCACGCGCUGGCAGUGCUGGCGCGCAUCAACCGGCACAUCGUGGUCCUCUCGUGCCCCACCGUGCUGCUCGCCGCCCUCUGGCUGCCCUUCCGCCACCACGCCCCUCUCCUCACCGCCGCCAUGCACCAAGCGCUGCACGCCCCCCCCACCUUCCGUCCCCCCCCUAUCUGCGCCAUGUUCAUGCACGCCGACGUGGAGGGGGCGCGGCGCAGCAGCAUGGAGGGCGCCAUUACUCUCCUAGGCGAAGGGUUGGGCCCGCUGCUGCUGCCCCCCGGCCUGCCACACAUCUUUGGGGAGGCGGGGCAGAGCAAGCGCGCACUGGUGCUGCGGGGUGGCACGUUGGAGCAUGUGGAGAAUAUUCCUCUGGACGUGGGGCCGCGCCACUUCAUCAUCCCCGCCGCCUCUGCUUCAGCCUCACAGCCGGGUGAAGGGGAAGGGGAAUCGGAGUGGCAGGCAGGCGAGGGGUGGCAGCAAGCGGUGGUGCUGCUGCGGGCAGGCGACCUGGUGCGAUGGGAGGUGCUGGGAGGGGCGGGCACCAAGGAGACCAGAGAAGAACUGGCAUCCCUACGUGCCACAGGUGCGUUGGUGCAGACGGUGGCAUCACAGGCGCUCUCCCACCCGCCGCGCAUCCUGCAGGCCGACACACUGGUGGGUGGUGCACGUGCAUGCAUAUGGGGAGACACUCUGGUAGGUGGUGGGUUGGGGAGGGGGGUGAGUGCGGGUUGA